AUUUUCCUAUCCAGCUAAAAUCAACUGAAUAUAUAUAUAUAUAUAUAUUUUUAAAAGGGUUGUCCCCUUCUAACUCUGAAAGGCAAUGGCUUCAAUGCUUAGCUCAGGAACCGUCCUUAGGCCAACCCCAUUUCUUGGCCAAAACAGAAAUGCUAACCCUCUCAGAGAUGUUGUCUCCGUGGGCACUGCCAAAUACACAAUGGGAAAUGAACUGUGGUAUGGACCAGACAGAGUGAAGUACUUGGGACCCUUUUCAGCUCAGAUUCCAUCCUACUUGAACGGCGAGUUCCCUGGUGACUACGGAUGGGACACUGCUGGUUUGUCAGCUGACCCUGAGGCCUUUGCUAGGAACAGGGCUCUUGAGGUAAUCCAUGGAAGAUGGGCAAUGCUGGGAGCACUAGGCUGCAUCACCCCAGAAGUCCUUGAGAAAUGGCUUAGAGUUGACUUCAAGGAACCAGUAUGGUUCAAGGCAGGAGCUCAAAUUUUCUCAGAAGGUGGCUUGGACUACCUAGGCAACCCCAACCUUGUUCAUGCUCAAAGCAUUCUCGCUGUCCUCGGGUUCCAAGUUGUCCUCAUGGGACUAGUCGAAGGAUUCCGCAUCAAUGGUCUCCCCGGAGUCGGGGAAGGCAAUGACCUUUACCCUGGUGGCCAAUACUUUGACCCUCUUGGUCUUGCUGAUGACCCUGUCACAUUUGCUGAACUUAAGGUUAAGGAAAUCAAGAAUGGCAGGCUAGCCAUGUUCUCUAUGUUUGGUUUCUUCGUUCAAGCCAUUGUCACAGGCAAAGGUCCACUGGAAAAUCUCUUGGACCACCUUGACAACCCUGUUGCCAACAAUGCUUGGGUCUAUGCUACCAAGUUUGUGCCUGGAUCGUAAAUUAACAGCCCCGGAUCGAACUUGUUCCAUUAUUUGCUUGUAUCUAUCCUCUAUGUACCUGUAGAUUUCGCAUCACUCUGAAAUUUUAAACCUGUAUCACUAAGAAGUCAAUGAAAUUCAUGAUCAAGUUCGGUGUA